AUGCUUCAUGAAGCAGAUAUUGCAGCUGUUAGGCGAGCUUUAGAAAAAGCUGGAUCUUCAUUUGAAAAUUCACUGCUUCCACUGGACUCAAUCGACUUUGGAGAAAAAUUUAAUGAUUUGCUCGUAAAAAAGACUGUUUCUGCUGGCAAAGCUGAAGAAGUGAAACAACGAUGUUCUGCUUUUCUUGUACGGUUAAUAAGAGAAUUAGUUGACAGGUUACCGCUUAAUGUAUCGGUGGUGGAAAAAAUUCAAAUUUUGGCACCGAGCCGCGUAUGCCUCUCAACCAGCAAACCCAAAAUUGAAGAUUUUCCCUGGCAGUUAGAUGAUUCCAAUAUUGACCAAGAAGCUAUUAUGAACCAAUGGCGCGUAUUAAGCACUAUGCGCAUUGAGGAGGUAAUCGGAACAGCUGCUUCUCCUAAUGAUAUUGUAAAUUUUUGGAUACAAGUGCUAAAAAUGAUGAAUGCUGGUGGAAGCCAGAUGUUCAAAGAGCUAGCAGAGUUUUCGAUACGAUGCCUUUCAUUACCUUUGAGUAAUGCCGUCGUUGAAAGAAUUUUCAGCGUAAUGGGGACAAUCAAAACAAAAUUAAGGAAUCGCAUGCAACUACCCAUAUUGAUCGCCAUUCUUAGAAUUCGAACCCAUAUGAAUGUAAGAGGUAUGUGUUGUAACAACUUUGAACCAAGCAAUUACAUGGUCAGUUUACACGCUGGCAGAAAAAUGUAUGUCUCCGAUGGAUCUUGCGCCAGUACUAGCACAUCAACAACUUCUGAAGUCGGUGAAAGUCUUAUUGAUGCCUUAUUAUUGCUAGCAGAGGACGAAUCAGACUAGUUCUAAUUUUUGUUAAUUUGUUUAUUAGUUUUUAAAAUGUAAAUUUUAAUUACAUUAUAACGUGUUAAAGAUGGCUUAUGCCUCCUGAUCACUGUGUUUUGAACGUAUAUUAUAAAUAAAUUG